AUGACAUCAAAAAUAAAUUAUCUACUUGGAUAAUAAGAAUGCAACCAUAAUUUUUACCAUUAGUUGUAAAGACCAUGCUGUUUUAAAACUUAGUAAUAGUUAUUGAGUGUUGGCUUGUGUUUAACAUUCUUUAUUAAUUUACAGCAGUAUUGGCUUAUUAGUUAUGUCAUAUAGGUUUCUCUGUUACCUUUGUAAUAUUUGACUUAAUAGGAGAGAGUGUUGAUAUUUUUACAACUAAAAAAUCUUGACAGUAAGAAUUAUUUAUUGAGGCUCUUUUAUAACUGUACAAUUAGGGAUUAUAUGUUCUUUAACGUUAGUGUCCUAAGUUAAUUUGAUGAUAUCAUCAUUUAAAAGAUUGCUCAAAUGAACUGA